AUGGAGGUAUUGAUUAAAGAAAUGAUGGAUAAUGGCAUUAUUCGAAAUAGCCACAGCCCAUUCUCUUCUCUAGUUCUUCUUGUGAAAGAGAAAGAUGGCAUAUGGAGAUUCUGUGUUGAUUACAGGGCUCUAAAUGCAGCGACUAUCAAGGACAAGUUUCCAAUUCCAACAAUUGAUGAAUUGUUAGAUGAACUGCAAGGAGCUUCAAUAUUGGUUUAUAGCACUUAUCUUGCUGAUCAUGUUAUUCAUCUCCAACAAGUUUUACGGUGCCUUAAAGAGAAUCAGUUGUUUGCUAAACUUUCCAAAUGCAGUUUUGGUAAGUCUUCUAUUGAUUACUUGGGACAUGUGGUGUCAGCUCAUGGGGUUGCGCUUGACAAAGAUAAGAUUGAAGCUAUGCUCAUUUGGUUAGUACCUAAGGAUUUGAAGAGCUUGCGUAGUUUUUUGGGCCUCACAGGUUACUACAGAAGAUUUGUGAGGAAUUAUGCAUCAAUUGCUGUUCCAUUAUCUGAUCUCCUUAAAAGGGAUUGUUUCCGCUGGAAUGAUGAUGCUACAACUGCAUUUAAUAGAAUGAAAGUAGCUAUGACAAGCUUACUAGUCCUGGCAUUACCUGAUUUCAAUGUGACUUUUGAACUAGAAACUAAUGCAUCAGGAUUGGGGAAUGGGGCUCUAAGAAAUGGAGGCAAUAUCUGA